CGUUAUGGAUAUGUAUACGUAUUAGAAUAAAAUGGUCGCUGGAUAGUAAUCAUAGCGCAAUGGAAUUAAUUCCAUACACGUCUCGAGAUGGUCGUGAAAUCGUCUUACGUCACCGAAAUGCCAUAGUCGUUCGCGAUCCCUCGUCACAACGCCUCGAGAUUCGAGGCGCUCCUUUGACAGAAUGUCCUACUUGUCACCAACCUCUCCGCCCCCCCUCACCCGAACGACACUUCGAUGCCCCGAAUCCCCAAGACUCUUACGUUAACCCCAAUUAUUUCCGUAUGCUCCAGGCAGGGCUUGAUGCAGAUGAGCAGCAUACCCAACACCAGCCUCCACCCAGUCCCAUCCGUCGACUCACUCAACCCACCUUGCCCAGCGGUAUUGGCCCAAGACCCCACGACGUCGACGAGGCCGAAUUCAUAUCUAGCUCCCCAGCCCCCCAGGAAGGAGCCCGUAUAAGGAGAGACGCUUUCAGCCCCAACUACUUUCAAAGAUUCUUUGUUGAAGAGCAGGAACUUGGUCGAGGUGGCAAGGGUGUUGUCCUUUUAGUCCGUCACGAGAUUGACGGAUGCCCCCUCGGUCAUUUUGCCUGCAAACGAGUUCCCGUAGGUGAUGAUCAUGCGUGGUUAGAGAAGGUAUUGAUAGAAGUUGAACUGCUGGCCAAGCUCUCACAUCCCAACUUGGUGUCUUAUCGCCACGUCUGGCUCGAGGAUGUCGUAUUGAACCGGUUUGGGCCGAGCGUCGCCUGCGCAUUCAUUCUACAGCAAUACUGCAAUGGCGGCGACUUGCUGAAGUAUGUUAUCGGAGAUCAACCUCAGCAGGCGACGAAGGAGCAACUCAAGGCCCAGAUGCGCCGUAGGUCGAGAGGUACGACCGAACGACCCCAAGACGUCUACGCCUCUCAACGUCGUCUAUCAUUCGAGGAGAUAUAUUCCCUUUUUAAGGACAUAACAUCCGGUCUUACCUAUCUCCACGGCGCCAAUUAUAUCCACCGUGAUUUGAAACCCAGUAACUGCCUUCUACAUCACGAGAAUGGGAAGCUCACAUGCUUGAUUAGCGACUUCGGUGAAGUCCAACCCGGGAAUGCUAUCCGAAAAUCAACAGGAACAACAGGCACUAUUUCCUAUUGUGCCCCAGAAGUCUUAAAGAGAGAUGCAGGAGGCCGGUUUGGUAACUUCACGACCAAAUCCGACGUGUUUUCCUUGGGCAUGAUUCUCUAUUUCUUAUGCUUCGGUCGUCUUCCUUACCUAAACGCCAAUACCAUUCACGAAGAACUUGAAGACAUUGAUCUGUUGCGUGCCGAAAUUGCCGAUUGGAAAGGCUUUCAGGACGAGAAGCGAGAGAGACCCGAUCUUCCUUUGAAGCUCUAUCAGCUGCUUAAGAAGAUGUUGGCCCUUGAUCCCACCGAACGGCCGAGCGCUAAUGAGGUUCUGAGCGUGAUGAGUCACGAAUCGUACAAUGGCGGUUUGCGAGGGCGGAGCACAAGCCCUUCUGGUGGGUUGAAAGGGCGAAUAAUACAAAACCUCGAUUCACCCAUUCACCCCGGUACACCACUUCCCGAUCCUCAUAAGCACCCUAGCAAGAUCCUGACUUCCGGGGAGAACUUCGUUUCCCCUAGUGAAGACAGUUCUCCAGCCACAAGCCAUUCGUCUCAACCAAACUUGUAUAAUAGCCUUCAGAAGUAUGGUAGUCCUAGCACACCUCGACAUCGUCCCCAGGCCAUGACUCUAUCUCGAAGUCACGAAGGGUUCCCGCGUCCAUCCCCAGAUCGCGGUCGUUCUACCGGAGUCGCUCAUCCACAGCUAUCUCCUACUUUACAUGCGCCGCUGCUCUUGGCACCUCCUGCUGGUCCACAUGAAACGCCUCGACAACGAGCGCAGCAUCUCUUAAUUUAUCUCAUCAACGGCCACACGGAUUCCAUGGUAUUCACAUUUCGCCUUCUCCUAUUCCUAAUAAAGAUCUUAUCGCUUACCAGACAAUGUUGGCCAUUCACUGCCACACUCAGUGUCGGAAUCCCCUUGAUUGGUAUUGCAGGGGUUGAUAUGGGGAUCCAUAGGGAUAUCUUCGUGCCUAGCCAUGAAAGAGGCUUGCGUAAAACCUCUUCGGCUCUCUCUCAUUGGAGAUGGGGAUGGAGAGGUAGUUUGAUUUUGCUUGCCCUCCAUUUCGCAGCAUUGUGGUUGUUCUCCCGGUUGGGCGUUUUGUGUGCCACAUUUCAAGACUCUUGGACAGACUGGUGAGGUGAUCCCCAAUAGGAUUUCAAUCCUUAAUG